AAAUAAUUUUGUUAACAAAUUCAAUUAAGUUAGUUAAUUCUCCCUGGCAACAGCCGCUCUGCAGCAAAUCGGAACUGAAAUUUGAAACUGUUUGUCAUCUCCCAAAUACUCCAGCACGGGGCGCCAGCUCGCCGGAGCGAUGGGCAACGCUCAGUCUCCCUCCGCUGAUCCUCGCUUCACUUCUGCUUCUAGGGCUUUUACACAAAAGGAACUGGAAGAUCUCAAAACCUUGUUCGCGUCACUGGCCUCUCAAUCGCAGAGCAAUGGUGAAUACAUCUCCCCUUCUGUUUUCCAGGCUUAUUUUGGGCUGCAUGGACCUCUUGGCGAGAGAAUGUUUGAAUUGGUUUCGCAGAAGCGUCAUGAUCAAAGGCUUACUUUCGAGGAUCUCGUAAUUGCUAAAGGGACUUAUGAGAAAGGAACAAAAGAGGAGAUUGAAGAGUUCAUUUAUCAGUUAUUAGAUGUAACUAACAAUGACAAGUUAGGGAGGUCUGAUCUUGAAGCUGUUCUGAUACUGAUGUUUGAUAACAUAUUUUCACCAAAAAAUUCUGACGUUGGGUUGAGUUGUCAUUGGGAUGUUGUGGACAUAUUUCUUGAUGCUGCAACAUUUUCAAAGCACAAUGAAGGAUGUUCUGAGAAUAGUAUGUCUCUUAAGGAUUUCAGAAAUUGGUGCACUCAUCUUCCAUCUGUUAGAAGGUUCCUUGGAAACUUGUUGAUGCCACCUGAUCCAGGGAGACUGGGUGCUCAAGUUCCUCGUUUGCUGCAUUCGGAAAAUAUUGAUUCUAAAAUGAUAAUCUUGAGAAAGGAAUAUGCUUGGCACAUAAUGGGAGUCCUUUCCCAGCAAGAAUUGGUGGAGUGGAAACUUCUGUAUCACAGUGCUUUCAAUGGCUUAAGUUUCAAUACAUUUCUUGGCAAUAUAUCAAAUGAUGAAGGGCCAACAGUGUUGAUUAUUAAAGAUAAAGAAGGUUGCAUAUAUGGUGGUUAUGCUUCUCAGCCUUGGAUGAGGCAUAGUGAUUUUUAUGGAGAUAUGAAAUCUUUUCUCUUCCAGCUAUACCCAAAGGCUUCUAUAUUCAGGCCUACUGGAGCAAACAGUAAAUUGCAGUGGUGUGCUGUGAAUUUUAGUUCAGAGAACAUCCCCAAUGGAAUUGGCUUUGGAGGACGAGUAGAUCACUUUGGCUUAUUUCUGUCAGCUAGCUUUGAUCAGGGUCAUACUUUCCCCUGUACGACAUUUGGCAGCCCCUGCCUCUCCAGAACCAACCGAAUAUACCCAGAGGUGAUAGAAUGCUGGGGAAUUGUUCGAAAGGGAGGGCAACAAGAACACCAUGAAAUCGUCAAAGGUACUGUACUAGACAGAUUUAAGGAGGAUCGCCAUAUGCUCAACAUGGUUGGGCUUGCAAAUUCAAGUGAGUAGUCCUGGCAAGUUCCAUUCCCCAGCACUAUAUGUAUUUCUUUCGCGUCUUUGAAAGAUGGUCAAUGACAAUUGGUAAGAUCAUUCUGUGCUUUAGCUGCAUGAGGCGUUGAUUUCCUUGGUAGCUUUGUAUAUUGUUAAAGUUUCUGAAUCAUUAUUCUGUAUCAUAUUGUUAUUUUAAUGUGAUCAAUACUGAGCUCAUGGCUUAUUUUUCUCUUCAAA